AGCAAGGUCUUUUUUCCUCCCUGGAAAAAGACUGAAUGCUUCUGAAACUUCUGUCCUGUUCUCGUUUCAUAAAUAGUUUAAAAUAGAGCGGCCUUCUACUUUCUUUGUUUCAGUUAGUUGCAGAAUGUGUGAGGUAUCAUCUAAGGCUCCUGGUGUGUUUGAAAUCUGUAAAAUAAUAAUGAAACCUUGGAAUAGAUAAGUUACUCUAUGAGGACGGAAGCUUUCAUUAAUUUCCAAGGCCGAACUGAUUGCCUGAGAAAGGAUUCAGAACAGGAUGUAGCACUGAAACUUGCUCAGGAGCGAGCUGAAAUCGUCGCUAAGUAUGACAGAGGGCGAGAAGGUGCAGAGAUCGAGCCUUGGGAAGACGCUGAUUACCUUGUUUACAAAGUCACAGAUAGAUUUGGCUUUUUACACGAGGAGGAGCUCCCGUAUCACAAUGCGGCUGUGGAACGGCAAAAGCACCUGGAAAUUGAAAGAACUACCAAAUGGCUGAAAAUGCUGAAAGGAUGGGAGAAAUACAAGAACACUGAGAAGUUUCACAGAAGAAUUUACAAAGGAAUCCCACUCCAGCUCAGAGGUGAAGUCUGGGCUCUCCUGCUUGAGAUCCCUAAAAUGAAAGAAGAAACCAGAGACCUUUAUAGUAAAUUAAAACACAGAGCACGAGGUUGUUCACCUGAUAUCAGACAAAUAGACCUUGACGUCAACCGCACGUUUAGGGACCAUAUUAUGUUUAGAGACAGAUACGGGGUGAAGCAGCAAUCCUUAUUCCAUGUUCUUGCUGCAUAUUCUAUUUAUAAUACGGAAGUCGGGUACUGUCAGGGCAUGAGCCAGAUCACAGCUUUGCUCCUCAUGUAUAUGAACGAGGAAGACGCCUUCUGGGCCCUGGUCAAACUCUUCUCAGGCCCCAAACACGCCAUGCACGGCUUUUUUGUCCAAGGUUUCCCUAAGCUCUUGAGGUUUCAAGAACAUCAUGAAAAAAUACUGAAUAAAUUUCUGUCCAAGCUUAAGCAACAUUUGGAUUCUCAAGAAAUCUACACAAGUUUUUACACAAUGAAAUGGUUUUUUCAAUGCUUCCUUGAUCGUACUCCCUUUACACUAAAUCUCAGAAUAUGGGAUAUCUACAUCUUUGAAGGCGAAAGAGUUCUGACUGCUAUGUCUUACACAAUCUUAAAAUUACACAAAAAACAUCUAAUGAAAUUGUCUAUGGAAGAACUGGUAGAAUUUCUUCAGGAGACCCUGGCAAAGAAUUUUUUCUUUGACGAUGACUUUGUAGUAGAACAACUUCAGAUUUCCAUGGCAGAACUGAAGCGGGCAAAAUUAGACCUUCCAGAACCUGGUAAAGAGGAUGAGUACCCAAAGAAACCUCUGGGGCAGCUUCCACCUGAAAUCCAUUAUGGUGGCGUCAGUCACCUGAGCAACGGACAGAGAACCGUGGGCAGGCCGAGUCCCCACGUGGGUGGCAGGAGAGAGAGCGAGGCGUUGCCUAAGAAGGAGGAGCAGUCCCCUCGCCACCAAAGCAAGGCUGGGACCCCGGAGCGAGGGAAGCAGCCCAGACGGAAGUCGGUGGAGGAGGAGACCAAAAAGCCCAAGGAAGAGGCAGAUCUUCAGAGGAAACCCCCGUCCGGUGCACAGGACCCUUCCAGGCAGUCCAAUCACGCAGCUGCUAACCAAAACAGCAACGCCACCUCCAUGGGCCGGAGGGAGUUCGUGCCCAAGUGGAAUAAGCCGUCGGAAUUGACCGUGGACAGAGCUGCCCGGCACGCUGCAGAGGGCAGGGGCCGCCCCGCGCUCUCGGCCGCCGGCCCGGGCCCCGCGCAGGCUCCGGACCCGGACGGGAAGCGGGGCUCCACCGCCUCGCAAUACGACAACGUGCCGGGCGACAGCGCACCCGGCCAGGACGCCGACGGCAGCGCGCCCGUGGAGGAGGCGCUGGACAGGGCCUACUCUCAGAGCCCCAGGAGCCCGAGGAGGCUGGCCGAGCCCAGCCCCAGCCCGCUCCGAGUGCCUAACCGGUUCACCUUCAAAGUGCAGCCCCCGGGGCCCGCCCGGCGCCCAGCCCCGCUGGACGGGGAGGCCCGAGGCCCGCGCCCGCCCGCCUACGGCAGCGCCGCCGCUCCCCGCGGAGGGUCCCCCCAGCGCUUCCCCGCGGUGCCCCAGCUCAGCCCCGGGGCUCACGGGCACCCCUCCUGGAGGCCUUACGGCUCCUCUCUUUCGGUGGACAUUUCUCCUGAGAAGGCCUACGGCCGCCCGGCGCCUCUCGUCCUGCCGUCUAGUCGAAUAGAAGUCCUUCCUGUUGAUCUUGGUGCUGGGGGGUAUUCGGGCAAUUCAGGGUCACCAAAGAACGGGCAGCUCAUCUUUCCUCCAGUGGAUUACUUGCCAGAUACCAGAAAGUGGCCAGAAGUUAGUUACACGUGCAGACCCGAGGUGCACGGACCGUCCCGGACUCCGGAUGCUGGCCGCAGCAACGUGCCCAGAUACGCAGCCUUCCAGCAUGUCCCCUUCCAGGACCACGGCCUACCGGCCGUCUCGGUGGACGGUCCGGUGCGGUAUAGACCUUCCCCGGCGGUGGAGGGUGCCGGUCCUUCUGGGUAUCAGUAUUCAGGGCCCCCACCUCCAGUCUACCACUACAGAAACCGGGACGGGCUUUCUAUUCAGGAGUCAGUGUUGCUGUGAGAAUUGGGCUAUACUUGCUGAAGACGAGAAUAGAAACCACACGUGACCUACAUUGCUAUGUCUGUAAUUGCCAAAGCAGUAUUUUCUACUAUGGUAAACGACUCGCACAACCCUGGUGUCGGUUAGUGGUAAGAAUAUAUGGAAAUGUCUCCAUCCCUUUAAAUUACAUCAUCACUGGCCCUGUUAACAGGGUUUACCCUGAAACACAGCAAUAGCAUUUAGGGAUGCACGCCCAGCAGUUAUUUAUUACUCAGCUCCAUUGAUACCUUUCUCCAAACCCUGGACAUUUGUACUCGGUUGGCCCAUUCUAUUUUGACUAAUGUUACAAAGUACUGAAAAUCUCUAGAAUAGAUAUUUUUAAGGCUA